CGGCGCGUUCCCGGGAGAGGAGGAGAGGAGCGCGCUGGCGGCUCUGCUGCUGCGGCCGCCGCUGCAGCUGUGGAGAGAGCAGAGUGCUCACUGGGGCCCUUCACCUUCCUCCUCCCCUGCAUUGGGCCACGGGAGAGGCUGCAGGCAGUAGGGGCAGGAGGAGACGCUAGUGCCACAUGCCGCUGAAUUACAGAGCCCUGGUGAACACCAUUCUACCUCUUAUUGUGACGCUCCUUGCUCGUUUGACUACUUAAAGCAGUAAAAAAUGGCUAGAGGAUCAGUAUCCGAGGAAGAAAUGGCAGACCUCAGAGAAGCUUUUUCCAAAGUUGAUACAGAUGGCAAUGGAUACAUCAGCUGUAAUGAACUGAAUGACCUUUUCAAGGCAGCUUGCUUGCCUUUACCUGGAUACAGAAUAAGGGAAAUCACAGAAAAUCUGAUGGCAACUGGAGAUCUAAACCAUGAUGGUCGGAUCAGCUUUGAUGAGUUUAUUUCUAUGUUUCAUGGGUUAAAAAGCACAGACGUUGCCAAGACCUUCAGAAAAGCCAUUAAUAAAAAAGAAGGAAUUUGUGCCAUUGGUGGUACCUCAGAACAAUCCAGUGUUGGGACACAACAUUCCUAUUCAGAGGAAGAAAAGUAUGCCUUUGUUAACUGGAUAAACAAAGCCCUGGAAAAUGAUCCUGAUUGUAAGCAUGUCCUCCCUAUGGAUCCAAACACAGAUGACCUUUUUACUGCUGUUGGAGAUGGCAUCGUCCUAUGUAAAAUGAUCAACCUAUCAGUGCCAGAUACAAUUGAUGAAAGAACAAUCAACAAAAAGAAACUUACCCCAUUCACUAUCCAGGAGAAUUUGAACCUGGCUCUGAACUCCGCUUCAGCCAUUGGGUGCCAUGUUGUUAACAUAGGAGCUGAGGACUUAAAAGAGGGAAAACCUUAUCUGGUCUUGGGCCUUUUGUGGCAAGUCAUCAAAAUUGGAUUGUUUGCCGAUAUUGAACUCAGCAGAAAUGAAGCUCUGAUUGCCCUUUUGAGGGAAGGUGAGAGUCUGGAGGAUUUGAUGAAACUUUCCCCCGAGGACCUAUUGCUGAGAUGGGCAAAUUAUCACCUGGAAAAUUCAGGCUGCAAUAAAAUCAACAACUUCAGUACUGACAUCAAGGACUCCAAAGCUUAUUUCCACCUGCUUGAACAGGUGGCUCCAAAAGGAGAUGAAGAAGGCAUUCCAGCUAUUACUAUUGACAUGUCAGGAAUAAGGGAGAAGGAUGACAUCCAGAGGGCAGAAUGUAUGUUGCAACAAGCAGAAAGACUGGGAUGCCGGCAAUUUGUCACCGCCACAGAUGUUGUCCGUGGGAACCCCAAGUUGAACUUGGCUUUCAUUGCCAAUCUCUUCAACAGAUACCCUGCUUUACAUAAACCAGAGAAUCAAGAUAUUGAUUGGGGAUCUUUUGAAGGUGAGACCAGGGAGGAGCGUACAUUUAGGAACUGGAUGAAUUCCUUGGGUGUGAAUCCUCGAGUCAAUCAUUUAUACAGUGAUUUGUCAGACUCAUUGGUCAUCUUCCAGCUCUAUGAAAAGAUUAAAGUACCUGUGGACUGGAAUCGAGUGAACAAACCGCCAUACCCUAAACUGGGGGGUAACAUGAAGAAGCUUGAGAACUGUAACUAUGCUGUGGAACUGGGGAAGAACCAAGCCAAGUUUUCUCUUGUUGGCAUUGCUGGACAGGAUCUCAAUGAAGGAAACCGCACAUUGACACUAGCCUUAAUUUGGCAGUUAAUGAGAAGGUAUACACUGAGUAUUCUUGAAGAUAUUGGUGGAGGACAGAAAGUCUAUGAUGAUAUUAUUGUCAAUUGGGUGAAUGAAACAUUGAAAGAAGCUGAGAAGUGCUCAUCUAUCAGUAGUUUCAAGGAUCCUAAGAUCAGCACAAGUAUGCCUGUUCUGGAUCUCAUUGAUGCUAUUCAGCCAGGAUCCAUUAAAUAUGAUCUUUUGAAAACAGAGAAUCUAGAUGAUGAAGAAAAGCUCAAUAAUGCCAAAUAUGCCAUUUCUAUGGCCCGAAAAAUUGGUGCAAGAGUAUAUGCUCUUCCAGAAGACCUGGUGGAGGUGAAACCUAAAAUGGUGAUGACAGUUUUUGCAUGUCUCAUGGGAAAGGGGAUGAAGAAAGUAUAAGGCCAAAUAGGGUUGGACUUAGAGGCUAAAUCACACAAUUUUGACUGCCUCAACACUGGAUGCCCUUUUCAAGACCCAAGAAGCAUGUGGACUGGCUAAGCCAUUCCAGAGUUCUGAGAUAUAACAUUAAAACAAGGUUCUAAGCAGCAUUUAGUUGUUCAGCCAAAUCACCUAUCCUGUGUUUCAUAGAAAUGUACUUCAUUUCUUUGCAAAAGAAACCCAAAACCUCACGUAAAUAAUUUAUACCCUUGAAUAUAUUUGCUUCCUUGAAAAUCCAGAAAUUUUCUUUUCUCAAAACCCUGCCCAACAACUUCCUUUUAAUCAUUAGCCUAAUGUAAAGACUACAGUAUUGUUAUUAUUCCUUUUCAAGUUCAGUUGCAAAGAUUUUUUUAAGACAACAAAGUGAUGGAGGAAGAAGAGAAAUCAGCAGUUUUUAAGACUGUCAGUAGAAAUCUACCACUUCUAUGCAAAGCUUUUAGUCUCUGUGAGGUUCUCUUGGUUUGAUACUCCUUGCUGGUGCCUCUUCUUUUAAUUCUCAUUCCCUGUUCCUAACCUACAGCCUCUUCUUUUAGCAGCAUUGCCUGUGACUUUUCUUUGCCCCUUCCCAGGCUACAGCCAUCCUUAUCAUUAAUUGUAGGUAUCUUUUUUUUGGGGGGGGGGCAGUCUUCUACCUAUCAGAUUUGAGCCUAAAUUAUUGGGCAAUGUUCUUCCAUCUCCAGGGCCUAACCAUGCCUUACUCCCCAAACUCAUGGGGAUCCAAAAGUCCAACCUUUUGGUUUUUCAAUAAGUAAACAGCGAUUUUUUUUUUAUCCACAUAGUGUUCCAGUUCAAGACAAGACUGGACUUAGAAACCUGGGCACAAAAUCCUGGGUUCAUUUCUUUCCUCUGACCCAGAUUUGAAUGUGGAGAGAUUAAAAUGAAGUAAAUGGAGGUUUUGACUUGCAUAUAUUCACUGAAGUUGUUUGACUCUCCAUAAUUGUAGCCAUGUGCAUUAACAUUCAGAUAAAAUUGAACAGUUGAGAAAUACCUCUGUUCCUAGCAAUAUUGGGGGUAUCCAUACCUUAGUGUGAUUUGUUCUCAGAAUUUUAGUGUUUCAAUUAUUAUAUAGACCAUGUCAUUAACAGUUUACUUUCAUGAAACUUUAGAGUCCUUAUGAUGCACCUCAUGGGGAUAUGUGCCAAUGAAUUAUCCAUCCUAUCCAUGUCAGAUAACCAGUUUAAUAGACAGUUACAUAAUUAUUUGAAAAAAAAAAAAAGCCCUAUGGAUUUGAAUAGCUGUACUUAAGAAAAUCUCAAGAAAUAAACUUAAAGGCCUAAAAGUAACACAUCAGUUCUCACUAACACCAGACCAUCUCCUAAUUGCUUUGAAAUGAUCUGCUUACAGAGGUGUCUCAUUUAAAGAUUUAACUUAAUGGACUUUAGCCACUGUCUAAGCAGUAGACAUCCUUUAUUGGUUCUCUUAAGAGGUAUCCCUUAUAUUGACCCACCAAUCAAUGUUUCUAUUGUAUCUAUAUGCACAGACUUGAAUUUUGCCUUAGUCUAAUCUAUACUUAUCCUAUAGCCUUAGAUAACUGUCUCUCUUGCUAACCUCCUUCCAUAUAGGAGGAAUAUAAUUGCCUUAAUGAAAAAUAAAGAUAAUGCUAGAAAUCUGUCCAAAUAAAGCGUUCU